AUGAAGUGGUGUGUCCUGUUCUGUGCUUUUUUCAUGUGCUUUGUUGCCAAUCAUCUUACUGGGGCUCGAGUCAUUCCUGAAGGAGUCCCUUAUGAUGAGCCCCCAGCCAGACCCUACUGGCCGUACUCAACCUCUGAUUUCUGGAACUACAUUGAGUACUUUCGGAGUAUUGGAGCCUACAACUGGAUCGAUGAGUUGGCCAGGACUUUCUUUGCCCACCAGAAUCUCGGUGACACUUUGGGAUAUGAAGUGACUGAGCAACAUGAACGCUAA